AUGUUGCCGCCAUUACAUCUUGAGCACAAUUCAUUCACCACAUACAAAUGUGUGGAUAAGAAGGUUCGACCAAUUGCAGGUCCAUUUCCCAAAGAAGCUCGUGUUUUGAGGAAUAUUCCUGAAGACCCUCUUAUCACUCUACCGCCACUCUCCCCAAAUCCUCCUAAAUUCAUCCCUUCUACUAAAAUCACACAUGAAUGUCUCGAAAUAUUAAACCUCAAUCCUGAAGGAUUCUUAUGGCUAGAAAAAGACAAAUUGUUUCAACAUAUCAUGCAGCUCAACGAGGAAGCAUUAGCUUUCGAAGAAACUGAUCGUGGUACUUUGAAAGAAUCUUACUUCUCACCAUAUAUUUAUCCGACAGUUCCCCAUACUCCAUGGGUCUACAAGAAUAUUCCAAUUCCACCAGGUAUCAAGGACCAGGUUGUACAACUAUUACGGGACAAAAUAAAGGCGGGAGUUUAUGAGCCUAGUCAAUCAGCAUAUUGGUCAAGAUGGUUUUGUGUAGUCAAGAAGAAUGGCAAACUCAGGAUUGUACAUGACUUGCAACCAUUGAACAAGGUUUCAAUCCGCGACGCAGGACUCCCUCCAAUUAUCAAUGAUUUUGUUACACCAUAUGCAGGGUGCCCAUGCAAUACAGUCUUUGAUCUAUUCUGGGGUUUUGAUGCAAGAAAAGUGCAUCCAGCAAGCCGAGACCUUACUGCAUUUCAGACACCAUUAGGGCUGUUAUGUCUCACAUCUAUGCCUAUGGGAUAUACCAACUCUCCAGCAGAAUUUCAAAAUUCUAUGUCCUUUGUUCUUCAAGAUGAAAUCCCCAAUAAAGCAAACAUAUUUAUAGAUGACUGUGGAAUCCAAGGUCCACUAACU